GACCACCACCAUCUAAAAAAAUGAAGUUAUUUGGUUUUAAAGAAGACCCUUUUGUGUUUCUCCCUGAAGAUGAUCCAGUGUUCCUUCCUAUCCAGAAGUUUUAUGCCUUGGAUCCAUCAUUUCCCAAGAUGAAUUUACUAACUCGAACUAAAGAAGGAAAGAAGAGACAGCUGUACAUGGUUUCUAAGGAGCUAAGGAAUGUGCUUCUGAACAACAGUGAGAAGAUGAAGGUUAUUAACACGGGGAUAAAAGUUUGGUCUCGCAACAGCGAUGGUGAACAGUUUGGAUGUGCAUUCAGACUAGCACAAGAGGGAAUUUAUACUUUGUACCCAUUCAUUCAUGCAAGGAUUAUAAAUGUCUGCAUAGAAGAUGUUAAAAUUCUGCUAUCCCAGGAAAAUCCAUUCUUAAGUAAAUUUAGCAGUGAAACACAGAAGAAAGUCAAAGACAUGGCGAUGGGAAGUAUCAUUUUGAAGUAUGACCCAGACCCUGAAAAACCUGAUCUUCAGUGUCCUAUAGUGCUGUGUGGUUGGCAAGGAAAGACAUCGCUCCGUGCCUUUGUGCCCAAGAAUGAGAGACUUCAUUACCUGAGGAUGAUGGGAGUUGAAGUCUUUAAAGCAAAGAGGAAAGAGGAGGAAACUAAAAUGGAGGAAGAAGUUCAACAUAGGCUGGCACAAACAGAGGAAGGAAUGGAUGUGGAAGAUAAAGAACAUGAUUUAGUCAUAAAAAUGGAAGCAGAAAUAGAUGAAGAAUCUUCCCACAGUCCUGUGGAAAGCAGUGCUAUGGAAAUAGAGAAUAAAGUUGAGGAUUUAGAUCAAUCUAGUAAAAGUGCCAACAGUCAUGGAAGCCAGGAAAGCAAAGACACGGAUAGGAGUAAUGUUAAAGAGUAGGCUUCUUUCUUUAUUACUUAGCAGCUUCUAUGAGGGUCACAUUUGCUUUUAGCAUGGAAGCAUCUUUUAAUAUUUCGGCUGGAAUGGGAUGUUCCUCUUUUAAAGUUGCGACCUAUUUUAUUUUUUAAAUGAAAAUUAUAAAGAAAUUUCUCUU